AUGAAAUUCACGAGCCUUGUCCUCGCUCUGCUGGUCGGCACUGGCAUCGCCAUCCCCCUCCGAGCUGCGAUCGACGUGGCCCCGCGUCAGCUCGAAAACAAGGGAGCCACGGCCGCAGAGGGAACUCCGGCCGAGGGCCUUACUGUGGACCAGCUGGCCCAAGAUGAGUGGUCAGCAGGGACGUGGUGGAAAGAAAGGAAGGAAAGGAAGUAG